UGCGCGCUCUCACGUUCGAGGCUAACGGUGAAUGUCGCUUUGCACUGUGCUUCGCAUUUCACCACCCCCAUUUCCCACCCCGCAUCCGAAUAUCCUUCUGCUGCUGCUGUUGUUGUUGUUUUCUAUAUGCCUCAAAUUUUCGGGCUUACAACAAUUACAGAGCAGCAGCAGCAACAACAAUCGCAAACGCACAAAAGAAUGCUACGGUAAAUUGCAUUUGGCGUCUGUCAAGGACAAAACAAAACGUUGUUUGUGUGAGUGUGACUGCAACCGCAACAACAACAACAGCAUGUGGCACAAAUAACGGAACGGAAAAGUAUCAACAGCAAGAAAAAAAAAUAGAUAGGAAAACAAAACAAAAGGCAAAAACAAAUCACACACGAGGGCCAAAAACAAACGGUGGCUGCUAAAAAAAAACGAAAACCAGAAAAGGACGAGGCAUCACAAGACAUUUGGCGCCAGCUCGGGCAGCGACUGCGACGUCGACUGAGGCCGAGGCAGAGAACCAUGAGGCUCCACCACACUCCCUCUCACACGGCGGCGCUGCAGUGGAUCCUGCUCUCCUUGUUCCUCCUUUUGGUGCUGCCAUCGAACGUGUCGGCUAGAUUUUGUGAGGGAUGCAGCCAGGGUUGCUGCACCCAGGGCUGUUGUCCGCCGUACCAGGGCGGACCACGCCCCCUACCGCCGCCCUCGGACUCCCACGUUCUCAAUCUGUUCUUCGCCACCCACUGGUUCUUCUGGUGCGUGGUUGUGGCCAUUAUCUUGGCCAUCCUGUGUGCCUACUCGCUAUGGAAGAAGCGGAGGACUCUGUGUGGUUGGGGAUUCAAUGAGCACCACACCCAAUCCGAGGGCGACUCCGCCGGUUCCUGCUACGCGCCUCCGCAAUAUAGUCGCUGCAACUCCUUUCACCAUCCGCCGCCACCCUACACGGAGGUGACGUCCAAACCAGACCUGUAUCCGCUCGUCUUCACCUGCAACAGCGACUCGGGCAAUGGCAAGGGCAACGGCAGCUCCAGCUACCUGAUGGUGCAGUACUUCCGGAACUACAUUGUCCGGCCGGCGGCGGGGGGCUCCCUGAGUGCGGCCAGCACCGUGGACUCCCUGAGCUCCAGUUUCAUCUGCAAUGCGAACGAGGCGAACACCCUGGUGCCACCGCCAUAUUCCCGGGCAGCCAGUCCGGAGCUGGGGCUGCAUCACUAUGUGGCCCAUGGCCAUGCCCACGGACAUGGCACGGCCCAUCUGAGAUCCAUGGAACAGGCGGCGCCACACCAGGUGCCAAGUGCUCCGCUGGCUUCCGUGCACUAUGCCAUGCCGAGAUCGGCAUCCCAGCUGGUCGAAACGGACGCCUAUCAGCCGAGACUGAUGCCCGCCCAGGCGCAGCACUAUGCCACCGUGGCGCUGGGCAGUUCUCCGGGCGGAGGAGCCCUCUACAGCACCCGAUUGCAUGCCUCCCACGAGGAGGGAAUGGGUGUGGGCUAUCUGCAAUCCCAGAGCGAUCAGCACUUCCGCUACAUGGCGAACAGCAGCAGUAGCCUGAGCGACAUUUUUGUGAACAACAGCUGUGUGGCAGGUAUGCUGCCAGAAAGUGGCGGAGCAGGAGGUGCCUCCCAAAGUGCGGAGAGUGGAGCAGCCACGCAGGCUGCCUCGCUUAACAGCCUGGCCAUCGGCGGCUUGGGAGGAUCGGUUGCGGGUGGCACCGGGGCUUCGGGUGGAUCCGCCACCGCGGUCAUCUACAGCAAUGGCUGCAUCCAGCCCAAUCCGCUGCACAGCCUGGAGAACUGUUGCCAGCCGUCGGCUCAGGUGUCUGGGGUGAGCAGUCUGGCCAACAUUGGCACACCGGGAUCGCCGCCGCAGGCCACCAGUCCAACGGGCGAGGUGCGUGAGAUUCUCGACCAGAUCCGCCAGCUCCAGGCGGGCGUUAGCUACGAACAACUCCUGCUGAGCGGCUCAGGGGCCAAACCCCGACUGCAGCAUACGCUAUCGACUCCCUCGAACUCCCAGCAGGUGCUGCAGCCCAUCCUGACCACAUCCGCAUCCAUUUCCGGCGCCAGCAGCAGCAGCGGGCGCAGUAAAAAGUUCUUCACCUCCGGCAGUAAAACGCAGCCCAACAAGGCUUUGUACAUACCCAUGGCGGCCAUCGGGGGAUCCGGAUCGGGAUCGGGCGCCCAGCGCUGUGUACUCAAAAGUCCAGUGAGCAGUGUGGUCAGCGGUGCUAGCUUCUUUGUGAACCGCGGACGAGUGGCCCGCAAGGGUUGGAUCACCCGAUCGGCGCCCACGACUCCGGGCAGCGGACUGCCCCCCAAUCGACUGGGUGACGAUAGUCCUCUGCUGCUCAACGAGCACGACGAGGAUGCUAUCGACGAUGAUGAGGAGGAGGACCGGGAUCGGAAUCGGGAGGAUACCGACACCGAAACGGAAGCGGAGGCCAGGAACCAUCAUCGCCAGCAUCGCCAUCACCGCGGUCAUCGCAGCCAUCGUCGUGGACAGCUUGAAUAAUAGUGGGCGUGGUCGUUGGAAUCGCCAGUGUCAUUUAGUAGUUGUUGUUGUAGCUCAAGGUUCUCCUUUAGACAUAAGCUUUUAAACGAAAGUGGAAAGAUGUUUGGGAGCCGGCAGCAUGCUUCUUAGUCUGAAGCACACCCAACAGAAAUAACAAAAGGAAAAAAGAGUCGGAUAAGUCUAAGUUCCAAAUAUAUAGCAUUUAAAAAUUCUGUAAGAUUUUUACGAUUGAAGACAUUCAAGGUUUUUUUAUUAUUGUUAAAAUCAUUAUUUUGUAUAAUUUUUAUGAUUUCUUUUACUUAAUCUAUUGAUACGCCUAUCGAAACAGAGACAAAUUCUUAAACUUAAAAAAAUGAAAAUUUUAAAGGCCUUAAAUGGAAUGUUUUCCAUUUUUAUAAGAUUUCCACAAGGAAAACCAUUUAAAAACUUUAAAAAAUAAUAAAUAUAAAUGUCUAGAUACUUUAAAAAAAAAACUUGUAAAAAAUGAAUUUGAUUUUCGAAAAAAAUCGGAGAUUGUCAGUAUUGUUAUUGAUCAGUAUAACAAUUGAUCAGUAUUUAAUAUAAAGUUUAUCUUAAGCCGAGAAAAAAAUGUAAUAACUUUCGAUAUAAAUUUUUAGUACCUUUAAAACCCAUCGUUUUUUCAUUUUAAUUUUUUUAACUUAAUUUGGAAAUGAGAAAAUUCAGGAUGUCAAAAAGGUAAAUUUAAGAAUAUGUAGAAUAGGCUAAAAACUGUUUUGUGAAAUUUUAAACUGAAGGAAAGACGUUUAAGACAUAUGUUACAGACAGACUUUAAACUAUAACUUAACAUUCUUCAAGAUUGCUGACAAUAGUUCAAUAAAACUAAACAUUAUUUCAUCAAGCAGUAUUAUUAACAAAACCUACCAGAAUAUCAUUGUUUAUGCCUAAAAUAUACCUACAAGUUAUAUCUUUUUAAUUUGAAAUUUAUAAUGUCUGUUGAGCUUCCGUGAAUAGAUAAACAAUUUAAAUAUACAAAUAGCUGUCCUUAGGUUCAAACAGUCUAGCAAUUGCAAAAAAUAUUAGCUUGAAUUUAAAAUUUAAAUUUUGUAAAGCUGGGAAGGUUUCAUAAUAUCUAGAAGUAUUAAUUUCCAAUUUAUAAUUCACAUUUAUAAACUAACUUACUUGAUUUCUGGUAUUUUAAUCAAUUAAGUUAAAAGUUUUGAGCUAGCAUAAAUAAUUUAAUUAUAUUUUGGUUUAAAGUUAGCUUUGUAAAAAUAAAAAUUGCACAAAAGAUUUAAAUCAAUAUAGGGUAUGUGGUAUAAAUUAAAAUUAAAAAGACCCGAAGAAUACCAAAAAGAGCUACAAAAUUAAAAAGAGAAGAGAACACGUAAUUGUCGCCUAGAUGGAUUUUUUGUAAGUAAAUAAGAUAAUAAGAAUUUGUUCACACACAAAUAAGCAAACACGUCACGUACAGAUACAGAUACAGAUACUUUGAGAAUGUCCUUAUUACAAGUUAUAUGUGAAAAAUGCAAAACUGUGCAAGCAUUCGGUUGGAAAUUACGGCACAAGCACUAGACGGAAAAUCUAAAUUAAAUUAUCUCUAAACAAAAAUUUACCAAAUGAGACUAAGGGGUUAAGAUCCGGGGGCUAAAAAGGAAAAGUUUGAAUGCAGCAGUGCCUUUUCAACUUUAUUAACCACAACCACAAGAAGCACAACACAUACAAAUUUAAAUCAUUAAAAGAUGAAACCAGAAGAUAAAGCAAACGCAUCCAUAGACAGAAUUAAAACAAUCCAAUGGACAAGGCAAUAUUUAUAAAUCUGCCUAAGCAUUAGAUAUAUGAUAUGUACCCAUUAUAUGUAUGUGACAAUUACUUUAAGUGAAUUUUACAAAUCAUUGGCAUUUUUCUCAUACGGUUUCGUUCGGUCCCUCAUCGAUCGGUUUUCUAGCUUAUUUAAACGAAUAUCUGUGCUUCAAUACAUAUAACUAUAUAAUUAAACAAUUAAUUAAUUAACUAGCAUAGCAAAACUGAAGGCGUUCAAGGCAUAAAUCUCCAAAAGCAAGUGAAUUGUUGUAAAGUCGGAUAACGAAAACCAAAACAAAUGAAACGAAAACCUAAAGAGAACUAAGAAACCAAUUUAAGUCAAAUAUACAAAGAUGAAAAAUAAAAACAAUAAAUGAAAGAAUUCACUAAAGUG